AUGCCUUCCUAUCUACGAAGCGCUCCUCGUUCCUACUCGUUCCCACCGUGGGUCGAGACGGGCAAUGAGGACACACAUGAAAACGAUCUUCCGGACAUUGACGAAGAUCCCUUCUCGCACUUCAUCUCACCACCCAUCACUGAAGCUGACGACCCGUAUGAACUGUCGCUAAGCGCAGGCAUCGACGUCCAGGAAGGGCCCCGCACAACCAAGUCUUCCAAGUUCAAGUCCAACGUGGCCAACAAAUGGGCCAGAUACGUCAAGCACAACCACGGCCAGCUUCACAACCAGUACCACGCACCUACCAUCUAUGAAGAGGAGGAAGAGUCUUUCAUGGGCCUCGAUGACGAUCGACUGAAUGAUACGCCACAUGUUGUGUCUCAACUUAGCCCUCCACGAAUCCGCAUCACUGAACCAGCCCGAGGUCGCGCACAAGAUCUUGCAACUCGCAAACAACAAAAUCGUCGCCGAUACUCGCGCACACUAUCUGGUCAUCGCCACUCAUGGCGGGAACCCAGCCCGGAUCUAUUCACUGUAGACGAAUCUGAAGAGGAAGAUGUCCCUGCGCUACGGCGCGCAAAAACUAGGAAGCCCAAGGAUGGCGCGGAACGAAGAAGAUCAUCGACACGAUCAAAGUCAAGAGCAAGAGUGGACUCGGUGACGGGAGAGUCAAUAUUGUAA